AUGCUUAACUUUGUAUUCUUUAAUUUAGUGAAAAGCAACUUUGUUAUUGUUUCCAUCAAUGAAGGUGCAAGAAAGGAUGGCCUGUGUUCCGGUCCUUCACCAGUUGAGGAUGGCUAUUGUGAGCAUGAGCAACUGAAUCCUAUGGACAGUAUUUCUGCUCCGAACAGUUCACAACAACUAGUGACUCCCAAUGUCAACGAACCAGCAAGUGAGGAUGACAGUAUUUCUGAUCCAUCACAAGUUGAGGAAGCCUAUUGCGAACGUGAGCAAGUGGACAGCGUAUCAGCUCCACAAUGUCCAGAGCAACUAGUGACUCCCACUAUUCAUGAACCAGCAAGUGAGUUUGUCCUGAUUUCCGAUCCAUCACUAGUUGCAGAUGGAUUCGUGGAACAUGAGCAUUCUUCAAUGAAUGAGAAUUCUACGGAAAGCAUUACUGCUCCACAAAGCUAUUUUCCAGAGCAACUAGUGACUCCCGCGGUCCCCGAACCAGCAAGUGAGGAUGACCAGACUUCCUAUCAUCAAUAA